UUGUUGCUGUAUCCCAACAAACACCCCCUCGCACACACACACAAUCAGGCAUUACGUCAAUAUGGCAAACAAUCUGUCAAACGCGCAAUCACAACAACAAAGAUUCGCCCGCAUUGACAGUUGGUCAAUACAUCCAUUCGGGAUUUGCUAAAUAGGCGACAUCGCUGAGGAGAAUUGGCGAAGGUUUCUUUAAAAAUGCUCCCCCAAGCGCCGCCCCAUGGACUGAAGGUGAUGUCGGGGGCGGAGGAGAACCGACACUACCUGCGCGCCUUCAUCCAGACCUACAGGGACCUCCCCGUCCUGUGGGACACUUCCCUAAGGGACUACACGAACCGGGAGAAACGGGCGGAGGCCUAUCUGCGCCUGGUGCCCAUCUACCAUUAUCUGAAGAGGGACGCCACCGUGGAAGAUGUGAAGAAGAAGAUCAACACCCUGCGGACGAACUACAGGAAGGAACUCAAGGUGGUCGAAAGUGCGAUGCGGUCGGGCAAUCUGCACAGUCCCCGCUGUUGGACCUUCCAGGAGCUGGACUUUCUGCGCAACUCGGAGAAGUUUCUGGCCGUCAAUCCCGCCUUUAAGAACGAGCCUUCCUUCGCCUUCAGCGAAGGCAGCAAUUGCACCAGCGCCUUCCUAGAAGGCCAGGGAGGAGGAGCUGGAGCACCCCUGCACUAUCCUUCCCCGCGGGCAGGUGGACAGACCCCCAACAUCUCGGAGAUGUUUCAUAAGUCUUUCGGUCCCCCGCCGCCACCACCAUCGGCCGUUAACCAUGUGGAUUAUGGUAGCAACAAGCGGUCCAGGCAAACGCCCCCGUGCUCGGGAUCUGGAGCCGCGUCGGCAGGACCGUCUGGAAGCUCGCACAACACCGACGAACUACUCAACAUUGCCUGCGAAUAUCUGGCGGGCACUUAUCCCGAGGAGGAGUCCAUUGCGCGCACCUGGACGCACAAGCUUAAAAGAUUGCCCCGCGAGCAACGUCUCCUGGCUGAGCGCUUCAUUAACGAGAUCCUCUUUGAGGCCGAGUCCAACAAUCUGCACCGCGGCUCCGUGCAAAUCAACAACAGCUUUGAGCCCUACGUGCGUUACGAGGAGCCACCGAAUGGUCACGAGGAGCAGGACAAAUCGCAGAGUCCCAGUGUUCACACCUCCAGCGAAUCGAAGCCAAAUGUGGCUGCAGGGCCAGCCGGAGGAGGAGGCGGAGCAGCUGGCAGCACCACAAAUGCCGGCAUCAGGGAGUUUUAACCUUAAUUAGUUACUAAGUGUUAUUAAGUUUUUAUUGGCCGACGGGGUAAAUGGCAUAUGACAUGGCUUAACAAGGAGAAUCAACAAUAAAUGAACCUGUAAA